GCGUGAGGGUGUGUUCCGCCGCGCUCCUGCUCCACCGCCCACCCAGUGUCCCCAUCUUCCUCGCAGGGUCAGGCCGUGACAUGGAAAAAGCCACGAUGACUCUCACGAUCGGGAAGCUUAUCAAUGCUGUGACCUUCUGCUUGGCCAUUGGCUCAGGGAAGGUGCACAGCCGAGCUCUUCCCACAGGCUGUUCCGAGGCCGGCUGUUCGGGGGUAGAAUGCUACCAAGGUUUCUGCGGCACACAGUGUGAGUGUGAGUGCCUCCCGUGCUUCACCGGCCCAUCCUGCACUUCGUAUGAGGACAUGUACGGCCCCAGGUUCGCCAUCCGUGAGGACACAGUGAUCCUGGAGCCACACCACACAGGUGUUGUGUACAAAGCAACUGCAGAAGAUGAAGACCUAGGGCUCACCUGUCCACUCGGUCCGGGCCGCAACAGUCGCUGCCCAUGCGCUUCUAUUCGAUAUGAAAUUUUCACUCAUGAACGUGGCCAGCGCACACCACACAGUCUCUUUACCAUUCAUCCCUCCUCUGGACAAGUGUUCCUGCAGCCGGGCACUACACUACAGCCUAGUGUCCGCCACCAAGCACUAGUUGUCGCCUCGAGUAUCAACGGCAGCAGGGAGGAGGGACUCCUGCCGCUGUACGACGUGCAAACUCUAACAGUGAUGGUUCGACACAAGGACUCGCUGCAUGACCUUCUGCAGGACCCCUUGCUUGACCAACUCAGACACCACUUUGUUCAGGAUGCUUUCUUUGGUACCAACUUCAUAAAAGAGAAAAGUGACUCCACCCAUGAACCCCAUGACCACCACCAUCAGAGGGAAAGCAACCACCUCCAGAACAGUCUUGCCAGCCACACUAGCCACGCUACGACCUUGAGUUACCGACGAGGCGGUGACCUGACCUCUUGGGAGAAACAGGUGACAAAGAACAACCAGGGACCCGGGCUUGGUAGGCGGCGCAGGGCAACGAGACACACUCGAAGGAGCCAUCAAGCCCAGCCAGCCAUGCCCGCCCCUUCUCCGCUAUAGAGCGAAAACGCAGGUUGUGGGAGGAAGCCGCCGCGGCCAGGUGAAGUCGGCUAGCGGUGGGUUGACAGCUGAGCCCCGCCGCCCGCUUCAACAAGCUGUAAGAGAGAAGGGCAUCAUCACCUGCCGAGUCUGCUGAGUGCCCUCGAAGUGUCUGGUGAUGCCACACGCGGACAUUUAUCCUGGUGACGCCUGCAGGAUUGAGGACGAGUGCAAGUAACAACGAGACCCUAACCUCGAGAACUGACUGGCGAAGGAAUGAGCUGGCAGCACAUUGCAACGGUCACUCACUCAACAAUACUAGUUUGAGUCACGUGAGCCCGAGAGGGAUUGCCUCACGCUCCAUGGAAACACACAUACAGUACACCUCACCACCAUGCCAGAUAAUGAGUAAAAAUAGUAUAAAAUUAUUCGAUAUUUUCCUUUGUGUAGGAAUCUAAAGUCAACGUAUAAAAAAAUCUUUAUAUGUACUGCUUUCGAGUGCACACAGCAUCAUACUUCCAAACACUUUAUGACGAAUUUGAUAUAUAUCUUAUUUCUUUGCUUUCUGUUACGAAAGACGUUAUUCUAUCACGAAGUUGCCCAGAACAUUAAUCAUUUCUUGACAAAUCUUUUCACAAAUAAAGAGAAACCGGAAUGCAAAAAAUUGUAGACGUUAAGAAGAAGGAUUAAUUGCAAUAUUUUGUACCAAUACUUUCCACAAGCAAGGGGACAAGAAGUGAGAUAGGUCUGGUGUUUCAGUGCUCUCUCUUUUCCUAUAGUCUAAUGGAAGAGAACUGUCUAGUAAUUUUUAAUCCGGAAAACGAGCUUUGAAGUCAUUUACCUCAUUGUGAAUUAUUCAUAUACACUUGAUGGGAAGAUGAAAGUGGGUAGGUGAAUACUUUAAACAAAUACUCACACACACACACACACACUCUCUCUCUCUCUCUCUCUCUCUCUCUCUCUCUCUCUCUCUCUCUCUCUCUCUCUCUCUCUCUCUCUCUCUCUCUCUCUCUCUCUCACACACACACACACACACACACACACACACGUAUUUGAACUAUCCCAAAAUUGAAAUAUUAACUUACCUUUUAUAUUUUCUAGUAUUAUCGCUCAGCAUCGUGACAUAUGUCAAAACCGUCAUUGCAUGCGUACUGAAAAAAGGGGAGAAAAGUAAAUUGGUGCGUGUUUAAUUAUUUUUAUAUUCGCUGUAAAUUAAUCUUUCGUAUUGGCUUAAUUCUUUAUUGCUUUUGCUAGGACUUAAUUAAAUGUUGGCGUUUCAUUUUUCUCCACUUUUCACAUUUUCACUUACAGAUUUAUUGGCUUCGUGAAAUGUUUGCGUGACUGGUGUUGUUGUAUACAGAAACCUGCCUACUGAUUGUGAGGACAACAUAUUAUCUUUGGUGUUCAUCAUUAACAGACAUUCUUUAUUGAGUCGAAAAAUCAACCUCACUGAUAUGUUAAUGUUCAGAGCGCCGGGAGAAGGUUGCAAAUGACCCUUCGCUCAUCACAACAAAUGGCUUUUUUUCAGUUAUUACUGUUCUGUAGGUGGUAACCGUCUGGCAGUACGCUGGAAGAUGCUAUUAUUAUUCCAUUAGUCUCUGUAACUAAGCUGAUUUUAGUUGAAAACGUGUGCCGUAUAUCCAUGCAUUUCUGGUGCAUCAAUCAUCAACCAAGAACAGGAAGGGUAUAUUUUCCUAACCUGUGAAUAUCAGUGAGCCUCCCAACACCUCAUGUCUGACCAAGGAAACCUGGUACCGAAAUCAAGACAUUGCACUGCUCCACCUUUUUUUGCGGGGCUCUUUUAAUUUUCCUACUAAGAGAUAUAUAUGAAACUGACUGGCUAAGAACAAUAAGAUAAUACAAGAAAAUUAAAUAAAAAAAACGUUCCAUCACUGCUCUGACGCUGGCGAAUCACGAUACUAUUGCUUGUGAUCUAAGUUUCAAGGCGACACCUGAAAUAUAGUGAUCAAUCCCUUUAAAACUUCUCCACUCAACUUUCUUAAUUGUGACAAUUAGGCUUUUUACACUCAUUUGUGUCCUUUGAUUAACCUCUUAUAUGCAUGAAAACAAAUUUGUAUAACUAUAGCCAGCAGUAAUAAGGUAAUAAAUAUCUAAUAUCCACGCAUACACCUCCAUGUUCCUUCCCUUAGUUUUCACAACCCGUCCUUCACCUUAUUACUUAAUCUGAUCUCGGAACAAAUGAAAUCAAACGAAAGCAGAUUCCUAUAGCUAAUGGAAUACGCAUCGUGUUUACGUGGUGAGAGUGAUGUGGAAACAUAACAGAAUGCUAAAAGUAUGUCUAUGUACCGAAAUGGAAGAUUAGCGUGGCAGUAUCUUGAUCUUCUCAUCACCUAGCAAACUUAUUCCACUUCUGAGACUCCUGAGUCCUGUCAGCCAUUGUCAGUGUGUUUGGUCAUUAGACAACCGGAUUAGAAGAUCUUGGCAUGAAAAAAAAACAAUGUCAUGUAGUCCAUUAAUUUAUGACACCAGAUUAACUCCUAACUGAGGCGCUUUUAGAUCAUUAAAUAAGUAAACCAUGAAAUAAACUCCCAUCCUCACGCCUCCUCGUCACUUUUUUCUUCCGUUGUCCGGUCUUGAACCACUCUUCUCCAUUCCGUGCAGAAUCUUUAUACCUAAUAUUAUGUACAUUAUCAGCAGUGUUUUAGUUAUCAAUAGAUAGACGAUUCCUCACAAAGAUAAUAACAAAGUAUUGUUGUUAGAACCGUAACCUCACACGAAAUGAGAGAGUCUUGCAGUGGACAGACUUCCAUUAACGUUGAUGAUGUGGAGGAGAAAGAUUCCAUGGAUCAUUAUGGAUAACACUGAGACUUAAAGCGUGUUAUUGGUACUUACCAAUACACUACCAGUUUCAAUGAUUUUUGCCUUAGCAUCUUUACUUAUGAUGUUUAGUCAGUGAUACUCGGAUCACCUACAAUUUCACGUGUUCAUUAUGGUUUUCAUCAUUUAAGGGUGCAAUGUUAGC